AUGACUUCACCAGUGGAUGCAUUCGAGCAGUUGGUCGAUCUUUUCGACCAUCGCGGUGAUCAAGUCCUCGAGAUUGAGAUCAUACCGCCAAGUUUAGGCUCUUCGUUUCUGAAAGAUGGAUGCGCAAUGGGCAUCUCCAAGAAGGCGUUGAUUCAAGCCUAUAUGGUUGCGCGACGAGUCUUCUUCGAGACUUGUACUUCCAUGAGCAGUAAUGAAUUGGUUGCCGACCUACUGCGAGAGCAGUCGAGCUCUGUCGCCAACAAGGAGAAAUUUGUCACCGAAAUCAUGCUCUUGUUUGACUGUGAACAUUUGACUGCGGCUAAUUGGCGCAAAUGCCGAAUACUUGCAGCUCUGGCGCAGCAUGAGGGUCCCUCAAACCAGACGUCGCAACAGACGAGAAUGUUGAAGACAGAGCUGACGCUUCUCCAGAGUUACCAGUGCUCUCCAUUACCUCGACAUACCAAGUCUCCGACCCUGUGGUCGCACCGGCUUUGGACGCUUGAGCACCUCAUCAACUUGGUGGAAUUGAGUGUAGACACUCUACUUGAUUUGCAGCGCCACGAACUAGAAGUUGUUCUGCGUGCUGCGGAACUUCAUCCGCGCAAUUACUACGCUUUCACAUAUGCUCGUCAUCUACGUUCUCUACUUGUCAGGACCGCCGCCACAAUCACGACAGAAAGCAUCUCCUGCUGGGAGUUGAGAUUGGCGAAGGCGCUUCUGAGCCCCGUGCUGGAUUGGUGUCUUGCUCAUCCCCGCGACAUCUCCGGCUGGUCUUUUGGCUUGCAUGUACUCGGUCACUGUGAAGAUCGGCAGAGUCAUGAAGAAGCCGUCAAACGGGUCCUCCAAUUUGCACUCGAUGUAGGAUGGGAGGGUGAGAGCCUGUGGACGUUUGUGGAUCAGGCAGUACGCCGGUUUGACCUGGAGGACACUGUCGUUAACGAAUGUCUUCCAUUGCCACGGACGCUGGAAAGGCCCGGUGCUGUAGCUGAAGAUCAGACAGCACAGGCGUCGUGGCGAGCUUGGUUGUCCAGGGCCCAGGCAAAUUGGGCAGCUUGCAAGGCCGACCGGUCUUGA